AUCCAGGAAGAGAAACCCUACCCGAGCCCAACGCCUAAUCCCGGAGCAGCCCCUCAAAACUCCGCCACGCAGCGCUCGGAGUGGGCCACAGCGCGCGGCCUCUGGAGGCAGGCUUGGGCGGGCUUCCGCUCUUACAGACACUCUUUGCCGGCGCCGCGCCUCAGGUCAGCCCCGGGAGCCUGGAGCCCGGAAUCCGGAAGCAGUCGGUGCGGGAGCUCUGGUAGCCGGGGAGCGCGGGGAGCGCCGGGAGCCGGGAGCCUCAGACACGAGGAGAGCCCCGAGCCUGCAGCGCCAGAACAGCAAGCGUCGGGAGUGGGCCGGAUCCCCUAGCAGGAUGACUGUAAGGAUCUUUGCAAAUUGUACCUUCUGUUUGAAAGUCAAGCACUUACCUCGUCAACAGAAGAAAAAGCUACAAAAUGACAUUAAGGAGAAUGGUGGAAAUUUUUCCUUUUUAUUAAAUCCUCAGUGCACACAUAUAAUCUUAGACAAUGCUGAUGUUCUGAGCCAGUAUCAACUGAAGUCUAUCCAAAAGAACCAUAUCCAUAUUAUAAACCCAGAUUUUAUAUGGAACUCUAUCAAAGAAAGGAGGCUCUUGGACAUAAUGAAUUAUGAUCCUUAUAAGGCCAUCACACCACCUUCUUGUCAGAAGGCAAUCUGUUCUGAGGUGACAACAGAUGAUCUAUCCCUGGACAACUCCAUGGAGAAGGAAAACAUUGUGGAAUUCACAGAGUUUUAUAAAGACAUUGUUGAAAUUCCUUGUUUUUCACAAGACUUCGAAGUUGCAAAAUAUAACACCUUGGAAAAGAUCGGGGCAGAGGGAGGUAAGGAGGUGGCAGUGCUAGAACUGCAGAGCUCCCAGGACCCCGAGGACCCUGCCUUUCUCAUAUCCGCACAUUUCCUCUUGGCCAGUGGCCUCACGACUAGAAAGUUCUCUGUAAAGAAAACCUCUGCAGAUGCGAGUGAAUACUACAAAAAUUACAUUGAAGAGCUGAAGAAACAAGGAUUUCUGCUAAGAGAACAUUUUACACCCGAAGCAACCCAAUUAGCAUCUGAAAAACUGCAAGCAUUGCUUUUGGAGGAGGUAAUAAAUUCAAGCACUCUGAGCAAAGAAGUGAGCGAUUUGGUGGAGAUGGUUUGGGCGGAAGCUCUCGGCCACCUGGAGCACAUGCUUCUCAAGCCUGUGAACAGGAUUAGUCUCAAUGACGUGAGCAAGGCAGAAGGAGUUCUCCUUCUAGUAAAGGCAGCAUUGAAAAACGGAGAAACAGAAGAACAACUGCAAAAAAUGAUGACUGAAUUCUACAGAUUAAUACCUCACAAAGGUACAACAACUGAAAAAAUGACGCUGAGACUAUUGGCUAAGAAAGAGGACCUCUGCCAGCUAAUAAGAGACAUGGUUAAUGUCUGUGAAACUAAUUUGUUCAAACCCAACCCCCCAUCCCUUGCCAAAUACCGAGCUUUGAGAUGCAAAAUUGAGCGUGUUGAACAAAACACUGAAGAAUUUUUCAGAGUUAGAAAAGAGGUUUUACAGAAUAAUCACAGCAAAGGUCCAGUGGACAUCUUGCAGAUAUUUAGAGUUGGCAGAGUGAAUGAAGCCACAGAGUUUUUGAGCCAGCUUGGCAAUGUGAAGUCCUUACUGCAUGGAUCUCCUGUACAAAGCUUUGUAGGGAUCCUGUCCCGUGGGUUGCUUUUACCUAAAGUAGUUGAAGAUCGUGGCACAAAGAGAACAGACAUUGGAAAUCUUGGGAGUGGAGUAUAUUUCAGUGAUUCCCUCAGUACGAGUAUUAAGUACUCCCACUCAGGAGAGACAGAUGGCACGAGGCUCUUGGUCGUCUGUGAUGUAGCCCUCGGGAAGUGCAUGGACUUGAACAAAAAAGACUUCUCCUUGUCAGAAGCACCACCAGGUUACGACAGUGUCCAUGGGGUGCGAGCAACGGCCACUGUCACCACAGACUUCGAGGAUGAUGAAUUUGUUGUAUAUAAAACCAAUCAGAUUAAAAUGAAAUAUAUUAUUAAAUUUUGUAUAUCUGGAGAUGAAAUAAAGGACUUUCAUCCUUGUAAUACUACUGAAGUAGAGGAAUACAGACCUGAGUUUUCAAAUUUUUCAAACAUUGAAGAUUAUCAGUUAGCAGACGCCAAACCUUUCAGCAACAUCAAGUCUGGCCUGCAGGAUGUCUCUGGCAAUUCAGUUCCUCUUGAGGAUGUUCACAUCAAGGGAAAAAUAAUAGACUUUGUAGCCCAGGUCACUGUUUUUCAGACAUACACCAAUCAAAGUUCUGUGCCCAUUGAGGCAAGAUAUAUUUUUCCUUUGGAUGAUAAGGCAGCUGUGUGUGGUUUUGAAGCGUUCAUCAAUGGGAAGCACAUAGUAGGAGAGGUUAAAGAGAAGGAAGCAGCCCACCAUGAAUACCGAGAAGCUAUCAGUCAAGGCCAUGGCGCGUACUUGAUGGAUCAGGAUGCACCCGAUGUUUUUACUGUUAGUGUUGGAAAUCUACCCCCUAAGGCUAAGGUCCUUAUCAAAAUUACCUACAUCACAGAACUCAGCAUCCAAGGCAGCAGGGCUGUCUUCUUCAUGCCUGCCACUGUGGCACCCUGGCAACAGGACAAAGUUUUGAAUAAAAACAUUCAGGAUACAGUAGAGAAGAUUUAUAUAAAGAAAAUAGGAACAAGACAAAGCUUCUCUUUAAGUAUGUCCAUUGAGAUGCCAUAUGUGAUUGAAUCCAUUUCUAGUGAUACACAUAAACUGAGACAAAAGCGCACAGACUGCAAAGCUGUAAUUAGCACCAUGGAAGGUAGCUCCUUAGACAGUGAUGGAUUCUCUCUUCACGUUGGUUUGUCUGACGCAUAUCUCCCAAGAAUGUGGGUUGAAAGACAUCCAGAAAAAGAAAGUGAGGCCUGUAUGCUUGUUUUCCAACCCGAUCUCGGUAUCACACUCUCUGACCUAGCCGAGAACAGUGAAGUGAUUAUUUGUCUCGAUUGCUCCAAUUCCAUGGAGGGUGCAACAUUCUUGCAAGCCAAGCAAAUUGCCUUAUAUGCACUGUCCUUGAUGGGUAGGAAGCAAAAGAUCAACAUUGUCAAGUUUGGCACAGGUUACAAGGAAUUAUUUUCAUAUCCUAAGUACAUCACAAGCAAUAAUACACCAACAGAGUUCAUUAAGUCUGCUACACCUACCAUGGGAAAUACAGACUUCUGGAAAACGCUCCGAUAUUUAAAUCUACUGUACCCUUCUCAAGGCUUACGGAGCAUUCUCCUUAUAUCUGAUGGGCACCUCCAGAAUGAGAGUCUGACAUUGCAGCUUGUGAAAAGAAACGUCCGGCACACCAGGCUGUUCUCCUGUGGUAUCGGUUCUACAGCAAAUCGUCAUAUCUUAAGGACUUUGUCCCAAUACGGUGCUGGAGUAUUUGAGUAUUUUAACUCAAAAUCCAAACAUAGUUGGAAAAAACAGAUAGAAGACCAAAUGACUAGGUUACAUUCUCCAAGUUGCCACUCUGUCUCCGUCAAAUGGCAGCAACUAAGUACAGAUGCACCUGAGCCUCUGCAGGCUCCAGCCCAGGUGCAGUCCUUGUUCCACAAUGAGCGACUCCUUGUCUAUGGAUUUAUUCCUCAUUGUACACAGGCAACUCUUUGUGCAUUGAUUCAAGAGAAAGAAUUUUCUACAAUAGUAUCAACUACCGAACUUCAGAAGACAACUGGAACUAUGAUCCACAAGCUGACAGCACGAGCUCUGAUCCAAGAUUAUGAAGAUGGCAUUCUCCAUGAAAAUGAAACAGAUCAUGAGAUGAAGAAGCAAAUCUUAAAAUCUCUGAUUAUUAAACUCAGUAAAGAAAACUCUCUCAUAACACAAUUUACAAGCUUUGUGGCAGUUGAGAAAAGGGAUGGUAAGGAGUCACCUUCUCCUAAUAUUCCAAAUAUUUUGGAACUUAUUGCCAAAGAAGAUGUAGAUUUUCUGCCAUACAUGAGCUGGCAGGAGGAGCAACCAGAUAUCAGUGUGGCACAGGUCCUACUAGAGAGAAGAGAAACAGUGGCCACCACCGAACAGAUGGGCAGUGGCAGGGCUGGGGAAAUGACUGUAUCCCAACUAGCAGAUAAAGAGCCUUUUUCAGCAUUCUUUGAAUGGAAUGAAGAACUGCAACAACCACAUUUGACUAACAGAAAGUUUAGAUCAUCUCAGCUGGAAGAUUCUGAAGAUUUUGAAGAUAGUUCCCAACUAUCAGAAAAACCUUUCACACUCAGCUUUGAAUGUGGAGAUGGGGAAACGCCAUUGGGUUUAAGUCAGAUGGAUUCAUUUAAACGACCACUAUGUAGAGAUGCCCCUUUCCCAAAACUGGUUGGUUGUUGCAGCAUUUCUGCUGCUUGUGGUUCAGCCAGUUUGGAAGAUGAGCCCUUUGAUGGUUCUGGUUUCCUCCAUCCUCCCCGCUCAUGUUCUAAGAAGGUUGCUAGGAGUCUCCAACAGUUUGGUCCAUCUAAGAAUGACCAAGACCUUCAAGCUGACUAUUUGGGUGACAUUACCCCUGUGUCAUGUACCCCUUUCAGACUGCCUCCCCCAUGUCUUGGUUCCUUUGCUUUUUCUGCUCUUACAAGCACCUCAUUUAACUCCAGAGAGGUUAAUCUACCUGAAACUUAUCAAGACCAUAAGACUGACAAUUCUGCUAGCAUUUUCCCUAAAUUGGACUCUCCCAUGCAGCCAAAUAUUCUUCUGCCUCCUCAUAGAGUUAGUUCUGCUGGUCCAUCCAGAGGGUUUGACGUUCAUUCCCUUUCUUGUUCUCCUCUUUAUUUUCAAAAUUCUCCAGUUCAUUUCAGAGCCAGUUACAAGCCACCAAUAGAUCUGUUUGCUAACACUGAAUUGGAGGGUUCUUUCCGUACAGAUCUCUCUGCCGAAAUUUCAUUAUCUGCUUCAAGUAACGGAAGAUUUUCUGAAACAGAAAAUAAUGAAACACCAAAAUUUCUGGGAAGUCGUUUUUUUAAAAGAAAAAAAGUGGCAAAAUCUGAUAUAACAGGAAGUGACUUUACUGAAAGCUUUCAGGCACAAAAAGAUGAACAGAGCUGGAUGAAUUUUGUGCCUUGGACUGAACUCUUCAGGCUACAAACUGAGGAUGGCUUCUGGAAACUUACGCCAGAACUGGGAUUUAUAUUAAACCUUAAUACAAAUAUUUUAAACAGCUUUCUUGAACAAAAAGGCAUUCGAUCUCUGGGUAAAAAAGGAAGAGAGCGUCUCCUGGACCUGAUCGCCACAUUUCUGGUGCUACAGUUUCUUCGCACCAAGUUGGAACAAAAGGGAAUAGUCUUCAGAUCACUGAUGAAAUUGGAUGAUGCUUCCAUUUCCAGAAAUAUUCCCUGGACUUUUGAAGAAAUAAAGAAAGCAAGUGAAUGGGUAAGAAGAACUGAAGGACAAUAUCCAUCUAUCUGCCAACGGCUUGAAUUGGGUCAAGAUUGGGAUUCUGCCACUAAACAGCUAUUGGGGAUCCAAACCAUAAACACCACAUCUCCUCUUCACAGAGUUCUUAAUUACAGUCAAAGCUGAAUCAUCUGAAGUUGUAUUUUAAACAUUAUUCAUGCUUCCAUGUAUAAAAUAAUCAGGUAUCAAUAGAUACCUAUAAUGAAGUUUAAUUAUGAUUUUAUUCAGUGUAGCACUCACUUUAAAAUAAUGAGAAACACAAUUGAUUAUUUUAAUGAACAAGUGAUAACAAAAUAUUACAAUAUUACAGAUUUGUGUUUAAAUAUUUUAAGGUGAUAGGAGACACAUCUGGCUAGUCCUGGAGCCUCAUUCCCUUCUCCCCUUUAAGGACUCUAGUAGAGAACUGGCCCAGCUGGACUUAGUAAGCUGGGGAGAAACAAGGUCUUUGGCUGAUGUCAGUGUUCCUGGCAUGCAAUCCUGUUUCCAGGGCCCUGAGUAUCCAGACCUUUGCCCUCAAUAUGCAUGUGGUUCCUAGUCUAUAGAUCCCUUGAUACAUCUUUUUGUCACUUAGAGAAACUAGGUAUCCCAAGCAAUUCUUUCAUGGAUCUUGCUUUUGGUGUUGCCUCUAAAAUCCUGAAGUCAUCUAGAUUUCCUCCUAUGUUAUCCUAUAGAAGUUUUAUGAAUUUUGCAUUUUACAUUUUGGUCUAUGAUCCAUUUUGAGUUAUUUUUUAUGAAAGCUGUAAGGUCACUGUCCACCUUCCUCCACACUAUCACUUCCAGGCCAUUACCUCUCUACCUUUAUGUAAAAACCCUGGUUUGUUUUUUCUUGUUUUUUUAAUUUAAAUUCAAUUAGCCAACAUAUAGUACAUCAUUAGUUUUUGAUGUAGUGUUCAAUGAUUCAUUAGUUGUGUAUAAUGCCCAGUGCUCAUCAUAUCAGGUUUCUUUGAGAUUCAGUCUUUUAGCUAUCUUCCAACCUGUCCUUAUUGCUGUGACUUGCCAAAUGCCCCGUACCUACCCUCAUUCACAUAAGCUUCAGGAUUUCCCUUUCUACUGCCAGUCCUGCCUUCAUCUUGAGUGACUUCCAUUAUCCUGAUGUGUGACCCUUCCUAAUUCCCUGGACCUGAACUAUAACUAUGUCUUGGCAGAAUGUUUUGUGAUACUCAAAGGAUGGGAAACUUGUGAGGAGCUACCAUGAGACCCUCUCCCAUCCACCUAUCUCCCUGAGAGGCAGACAUAAGACUACUUCUCAUCACCUCCCAGUUCUGAGGUGAUAUGAAGCUCAGAAUACAGCUUCAGACUAAAAUUCCUCCUAGCUGCAUCUGGAAUUAGCUCCUUGGCAGUGAUGUGUCCCACAACUCACACUGCAAUUAUCUAGCUCUUCUUGGAGUGUGGGACAAGGACCAAAGGGAGCUGGCAUCUUUGACUACUCUUCCUCUUGCUGUUUAUACAAGUAAUAAACCAUCUAAAUCUAAAAUGGCUUGUUAUGUCUUUAUGGCUAAAUCAAUCAGGUCUUGCCCUUGGCCUUGUCUGCUUGUUUGCUUGACAUAAUCAUCAAGAUAACUCUUUUCUUGUUUUAUCAGAUUAAGGAAUAAAAGAUUGAUAAUACCUAGUAGCAGAGUGUGUGAAGGUAAACAGACUUCCUUAUGUUGUUACUGGAAACAUAUACAAGUAAAACAAAGUUUUGCAGUAUUUAUCCAAAUUUAAAUCACUACCCUCCUUGACCUAUAAAUUUCACUAAUAGGAAUUCCACUUCUAGAAAUUCAUCUUGCCAAGAUAUGGACACACACACACACGCAUAUGUUAUAUACGCAUAUGUGUGUGUGUGUGUGUAUGCAUAUAUAUUUUACAGUUGCAGAACAAUGUGGAAUAAAGCUCACUUAAAAAUUAUAUAAAUGGGUGUUUAUACAUGUAUGAGAUAAAAGUCUGUCAUGUCAUAUUCCAAACUGGCUACCUUUGAGGAACAGGAACUUUAUUUCUAUCUUAUAUUAUAUAUCUUAUAUUAUUUCUAUCUUAUAUAUUCAUUGUAAAAAUUUUUACAGUGAACAUAUACUUAAAUUUAUCUCAAAAAUAUAUAAAAGUAGAGAAAAUAGUAUAAUGAACAUAAAUUCCAUCAUUUAAAAUAUUUUGCCAAGUUUUUAUAAAUGUAGAACCGUCUUUUCUUCCCUUUUCUUUUGCUAUUGACUUGUUAAAGAAACAAGGUCAAUUGUCCUAUAGUAUGUCCCACAUUCUGGAUUUGUCCGAUUGUUUCCACUUUUUCUUUCCCCAUAUUUCUUGUAAACUGGAAAUUUGAUCUAAGCCCCUGAAUAGAUUAAGGAUCAGUAUUUUUAUCAAUAGGAGUCAUAUAGUUUGGUUGUUCUACUUCUAGUAAUGCUAACAUUGAUCAGUGCAUUUUCCAAUGUGAAGUUCUGUUUCUCCUACAACCGACAAAUAGUCUGAAGAGAUACUUUGGCAGCCAGUUCCUCAUCAAUCUUUCACCUAACAGUUGCCUGAAUCAUUUCAUGAAAUAUUGUGAUUCUCUGUUUUCUUCUACGCUUGUUAACUGAAAUUCUUCUGAAAAAAAAAUGAGCUUUCCCCAUCAACUAAUGUUAUUUGAUUACAGCAUUUUUAAAAACUUACUUUAAAAAGAUAUCUAAUUAUUAGAAUUGUUGUGUGUCUUCCUUUAUAGACUAAGUCUGUGCAGGGCAGAGAGACUGUUAAGAAAGAGACAACGGGCCCAAAAUGGAAUUAUCUGUGUCAACCCCCACAUCAGCAAACCAAGACUUGAUACCUAACCGAAUUGCAGUUUCAGGCUCUUCUAGGAAUAUAAUCUUCACCAGUAGUCUGGAAUUUCCUGGUAGUACUGGUGAGGUAAUCCUCUUGAUAGACCCCAGCCUUCCCCAAAAGGACAGUGAAUUUGCCUGAAAUAAUCCUUUCUUUUGUUUAUGACUUCCUUGCCCUCCCCCUUUCUGUCAUGAAAAGCCUGUCCUUUUCUGCAUUUCUUUGGAGCUCCUUUCUAUUUGCUAGAUGGGAUGCUGCCCCAGUCGUUGAAUAAAACCAGUAAGAUCUUCAAAUUUAGUCAGCUGAAUUUUAAUACCAUGCUCUAUUGCUCUUUGUAUAUGCUCUUUGUAAUGCUUAGUAUAGUCAUGCACAGGAUGCAUUUAGUAAGCUAAAUAAAUAAUAAAUCAAUGAGCCC